AUGUCAGCCCCGUCAAACAAGCACGUGAAAUCGCGCACACCGGUGCAGGCCCGUCGAGAUCUUCAGCGAUACUUCGGCGAGGGCAGCAAUACCCAACUGACUGUGGACGUCGCGACGUACGAGGUGAGCGAGGAGGAGAUCAAAGAUUUGGGGAGGGGUACAGAGACAGGGUUCUGGCGCGCCAUCCUCGGCUAUGCGUACCUCGCUCGCGAUCGCGCAUGUUUCGUGGCCGACAAGAACGUCCUCAAUCUGAAACUGCCCGAGUUCCAUGAUGCGGUCAUUGUUGGCAUACUUGCACGCAUACGGCACGCUGCGGGAAACACUGGCGCAUCUAUUGUGGAGGUGAUCGACAUCUCGAGACUGAUGACCUUGUGUCAUAUCUCGUACGCAGAGUCCCAGUCGUCACCGCCACCGUCUCUGGCAUCUGUGUGGUCGCCACCCCCGUCACAGAUCGGAUCCGAGAACGCGGUAACGUUCGAUGAGCGGGCGUCACUGUACGGAUUCCCGGAGGAGGACAAGCUCCCGUUCCCGAAACCGCCAGAGAAGCCUCAUUGGUUGCAGCCAGGUACGGACGACUUCGGCGACUGGGCGUCGCGACAGUUACAGCACAGCAAGAUCCGCCGUCUGCGCCUGCAGGACCUCCUGGAGAAGGUAGACGACCGGUCGUCGUUCAUGCGCGACGGGCAGCUGUCGAAGCAAUACCCGAAUACCAGUCCAGUGGCGAUCGACUCUCUCAAGUUUUCCAUCAAACGGUACAAGCAAAUUGAGAAGACGUACGCAGCGAUGAUCCAGAAGACUAUCGCGCUCCAGGAGUCCGAGCGUAUCACGGAGGCCCUGGCCAACGCUGGUGGAGAGCCGACUGACACCGUGGACGAGGUCGAGCGUGAACCGGAGGCGAGCCAGCCGGCCCUGAGCAAGGCGGCCGGCAAGCGUCCCGCUGCUGGCAAUGUGCCGGCACCAGCUCCGGCGACGCGCAGCCUACGGAACCGUCAGCAGUCGUCCUCCCGUGCUUCGAGCACGAGCAGCAGUCGGGCCGCAACGCCUGGCUCGGUUCCCAAGUCGAAGCUGCGAUCCACGUCAGCUGCGUCCAGUGGCUCGUCCGGCAGCGCCAGCACGCGCCAGAGGCUGAAUACACCCCGCGCUGCCAGCGGUAGUGCGGCUCGCCCUGGUCCAUCAACUCGUGCCCGCGACAGUGGCGCUCCGAAGGACGUGUUCAGCGACGGAGAGCUGCGACGUCGCACGCAAUGCGGCUUCUUCGUGCCGGCCGCUUUGUGCACGAUUCCGUUCGAGAGCGUUCUCGCCCAGCAUGCGUGCGCACACGAGGCGGGUCAUGUUUCAAACGGUGAGACGUAUAUAGUCGAGCUCCCGGCGGGCAACGCCUGCGUCGUCACAGCCGCAGAGACGACGAGGGAGUGCUGCACCUUCUGCACGGGGUGCCUCGUCACGGCGCAGUUCGGCUGGGCCUUCUCGUCCGUCGGCCGGUCCAUCUCGUCCGAUCGCUGGAUCACGCGCGAGUUCGACGGUGGCUGCUUCAAGAGCGCCGGCUGGUGCUGGACCGUUGCGGGCACCGUCACAGGCAGCGUCGCGGGCUCCAUCACGGGUAGCUUCACGGGCACCGUCGCGGGUGGCAUCGCGGGCACCGUCGCGGGUUGCGUCGCAGGCACCGUCACGGUCCGGUCCCGAGGACAGCGCAGCGAUGAUGAUGUGGCCAUCAUCGUCAACCCGGUCCCUCCGGCAGACAUGGAUCCACACGAGGUCCUGUUGCACCUCGCGAGCACUGACGACAUGAAUGAACGUGCGCGCGAAGAGCUGUCGUCCACGCUGGAAGGUAACACGGGCCCGUUCAGUCUGGAUGCGCUUCCGGAUAGCAUUGCGGCGGAGGAUGGCUCGGCGAGUCAGGAUGAUGUCAGGCAAGAUGGACGGCACGUUCCGUCCGCGAGCUGGGAGGAGAACAAGUGGCGAGAAUGCCCACGGCAGACGGUGAAGGUGUCGACGCUGCGCAAGUUCCAGGAGCACAACACACCACGGAACAGGCAGUUCGCGACGAACCUCCUGAAGAAGCGCACGGUCGUGAAGGUAGACGACGAGUACAUCAUCCCGAACUCUGAUCCGUCGCUGUACUGGCACAUUGACCAUCACUUCCUCGAUUUCCUGUCCUGCGUCCCGGGAAGCAAGGGAUGGCGUGUCAAACUCGAGCUGCGCCAGGGUUACAAGAUACUGCGGAUGACGAAGCACGGCAAGCUCGGUUGCGACCCGUCGGGCCGGUGCGUGAUGUUUGGUAAAUACGGCAUUGAGGAGCUGUGGGGGGUGUUCGUCCCCGUGUCCUUCUUUGACGACGAGGUUGGCGAGAGCGACAGCGAGGCGCCCCUUCCGCUGUCCGCAUAUGGCAUCAAAAAGGGCAACACUCGUCUGUCUCCGGAGCACUUCAAAGUCUGGCAGCUCUUUGUCUGCCGUCUCCUCGAGAGCAUCGGCUGGAGCGGCCUGACGAUCCUCCGAAACUAUCCGUUUGGCAAGUCGCAGGAUCUGCGCGCGGGGAGAUCGACGACAUCUUCGGGACGAGUGGUCGAAAACACGCCGAUCGGUGUCCAAUACCAGCUCCACCACGAGGCGGGUCAGUGGGACCAGAUGCGCACCUGGUCCCACUUGAAGUACGUGAGCAUGGCAAUCGCCUCCGAGAUCCAAGUACACCAGGUCGAGGAGUACGAGGUCGUGUCGAACGACGCGUUGAUCAGGAAGUAUGAAGCGCUGUACGAGCACUACAUUCCCGGCAAGGACAACCCGCCCGUCGACCUGGACACGUUCCCCAUCUUCGACGAGAACGGCAUGGAGAUCCCGCUCUACGACAAGAAAGGGGCCCUGGUGUCGCGCAGGCGUGUGGACGCGUACAACCUCACAGGCCCUGGCUGCGGCCUGCUCCUCGAUCUCCGGCGGAUCCACGAGAUGUUCAGCGUGUCAAACGACGACGGAGAGGGUACGGCACGACUGCAACAUGAAGAGAGACAGCGUCGCCGAGAGCGUCGUGCAGCCGCAGCCUUCGCCGGUCAGGACACCGGCCCCAUCUUUGACGAGGAGCAGGAGUUGGUCCAGCAGGAUGAUGGUGAUGAGGCUGCUCACCGUCCGGCGACACCGCUAACACCGAGCCCGGUCCUAGGCAGCAUCUGGGAUCCCUUGACACCGCCACCGCAGUCAUCUGACCCCGGCGACGGCAGCGACGUUGCUGCUCCGUUUGACUGGGAUGGGCUUGGAGACCAGGAUGAUGGCGAUUUGGACGAUGGCACUGGCAAGGAGGAGGAGCCUGAAGAGGAGCACUACGACGAGGAGCAGGAUCAGCAGCAGCAGGUGGAAUAUUAUGACGACGAGGAGCAGGAGCAAUAUCAUGGUGACAACGAGCAGGCGCACGACUACGACGACGACGAGGAUGACAAUGACAGUGAGGCGUUUGCAGCAGAGGUGGAGGCGAUGGUCUCGGAACGGGCAGAGCGGGCGCGACGUCUGCGGUUGGACUUGUACCCGCAGGCGUUCCUGGGCCAUUACGGGAACAUCCAGGCCAACCAGCUGUUCCCGCACUAUGCACCGUUCUUCGUCAACAUGGAGAAGCUCAUCCGGGAAGAGGUUCCUGAGCGCCCCGACUUCCACGAGCACAUUCCAGAUGGAGGCGAGUACGUCGUGCCUGAUCUCGAGAAGCUCGAGAACUGGCGGAGGUUGCACGGACACGAGGGGCCUAUCAUCGAGGAGGGUGGCUGCCAGAUCUACAACUCUGCGUCGCACCGCAGCCGGCCAAUGGCCGGGCAGCAGGAAAUGUCGAACGGUUCACUGACCCAGGCGGCGACUGGCUCGUGGGCCACAGGCGAUGCUGGCCGCAAGCUGCGCAUGAAGAUUGUCAAUCGAAACGAACUUGGAUUGCCGCACGAGCGGUUCCGUGACACCAUGAUAGGUAGCAGCAGGGACCCACCUGUCGCCCUGCGGUACGAGUGCAACUUCACCGUCUACGUCCGCCGCAUCCCUGAGAAACAACGCACUGGAUUCGACAUCUAUCGGUUUGUGCCAAUCAACUUCAUCCAGGCCACGACCAACCCCAUCAUCAUGUCUCGCCUCAAGAGACACAUUGUGGUCUUUGCGCCUGGUAUCUUCCCGCGGAUAUACGACUGGACGACCUUCCCUGUGUACACGCUGACGGAGCAGAUGUACAAGUCGAUGCGGCCUUACCUGCAGGAGAACGGAACGGCCGACGUCAAACUGGACCCGUUGAGGGUUGAAUUCCUCGCGAUCUUCGAGCGCCUGCUAGCGUACGCACACACGGGGAAUGCGCGAGUGAUAGCUGGGUGCAUGACGUUGCUGUGGUUCAAGCGGGCUCUGCUUGAGCUGGGCUUCCCGUGCAUCCACCCCGACAUCUUGCUCGACUUGGAGAACGAGUUCCCGCUGUGCAUCCCUGUGACGCGCUGGCCGCUUAUAAAGUCGACCAUGACCCCUCAGACUGCAUCCGCACGGUCCAUCGAGCUGACGUGGGGGCCCGCAGUAUUGGCGUCGUACCUGGCCACGUUCACUCUGCAGAUCAUCGAGAUGCAGGACAUCCCGGCCAAGUACAAGGAAGCGCGCGACAACGACCCCGAGUUCGCACGCGCAGUCAUGGUCGCGGACCUUGGCGUCAGGUUGCUCAUCGGUGACUUGAAGGAGUUCGUGGCGAGAGAAGUGCGUGCGCGAGCGAAGCGAGUCACCCAAGCGGAUAUGGAAAAGAUGUCCGAGCUCGAGCUCCACCACCACACUCACCGCGAAGAGACCAUGGAGCAGUGGAUGGAGUGCGUGAACGCGUUCUCCCACAACAGCAAACAGGUCGAGCCCGGGAAGAAGACGGACAGAAGGGCAAGGCUGUGGCGAGCACGGCUGUCCCGUACGCCUCCUGGUGCGCACACUCGCACAGACCCCUGCAGACAUCCGCGCAGGGCUGCCAAAGCGGAGGACGUGCGGAUUGGCAUCGUCGACUUGGCACAGAAGAUCUGCGACUGCAUGCGCGCAGUCAAUCCCCAUCCGCUGCACGCUCCGCUCGUCCGUGGAGGAGCUUCGUUGCCCGUGCUGAGGCUUGUUGUGGCCCGCAUCACUGACAGGGCUCCGUCGUACCUGACAGAGGCAGCAGCCCGCCACACAUGGGCUGUGAACGUGUUCGCGUAUGCCCUCCAAAAGAAUGAUGUCAUGUUCAUUCCGUGGGUGAAGGCGACGAAAGCGCCGGAAGGUGGCAAGCGCCGCGGUCCCCCCUCUCGCAAGACCACCGUCGACGCGUGGAUCGACGUCGAGCGCCCCAAGAAGCCGCUGCACCUGCUGGGCGUCACGAUCACGCCGGCGGGAGAAACCAUCACCACCCUGGCCGCGACUAUGACCCGCACCGUCGCCGAGGAACUGGAGGAUCUCGCGAACGAAGCGGCCGAGCGCGCGCAGGAGACCAAUCCAGACGCAGAGUGGAAGGCCGUCGGGAGACCGUUGCACGAGAUAGGCUGGUUCGUGAACCGUCGCACGUUGCCCGACGAGUUCACCUUGCAGAACGCAAGCAUCGUCGAACCACCGCUCAUCGUUCCGAAGCCUGGUGCAGCCCCUACUGUCCAACGGAGGAAGACAGCCGCUGCCGCCGAGGAGAAGGAGGUGCUGCGCAAGACGUACGAAUGGGUCAUCAGGGACUUUGACUUCACGGACGAGGUGCACCACCUCGCGCUCAUCAUCGCCGUGGUUUUCUCCCGCCUGGUACCAAAAGUGUCGUUCCCUAAGGACGACGACAACAACUUCAUCUUCAGCUCACGCGCAAACGACGUCAAAACGAUCACACAGGAGAUCCGCAACUCGGAUUGGUGCGAGAUGCCCCGGAACGGCUCUGGCUGCAAACAGCAGGCCCCGUAUAUCAUCAUGGUCACGGUGUACAUCAUCGGUCUUUGGGACGAGCGCAGUCCCCUCCAUGAGUACCUCAAGACGACGGCCUCCAAGGCGCUCCACCGCGUGUUCCUUGGCAAGCACGGCGCAAAGGGGAUCCUCAUCCACAACCUCAUACGCAUGCACCUCGCGCGGGGAAUGACUAACAAGGCCAGCAAGGGUGGUGUCAUGGGUCAGGACUGGGAUUUUGAGACCGGCGACACCCUGCGCGGACUCUGUCGGUACCUCAUCAAAUGUUUCCUUGACUCACAGUACGGAGCGUACGACGCCGUCACGCUCCUUUGCGGAGUCAAACGCGCGGAAGAGCUCGCAGCGAGCGGCCAAGUCGUGCGGCGCUCGGGCACGCUCUAUCAACCGCAAGAUCCCCGUGAAUCGUCGGUGGCUCCCCGUACAUUGUCUGUCGCUCCGCGUGCGUCGUCGUCGGUCGUAGUAGCACCUCGCCCGGCCGUGGCCCGGCACUCUCGCGCCCCCACGGCCACGCCUUCGCGACACCGUGCACGCCCUGCGUCGCCGUCACCUGACGUGCCUCGUGAGCCGUUGCCUGAGGUCACCACGCUCGACGACAUCUCGCGCACCGGUUGCCCGUUCAUCGGGGUCGUCGCGCACUGCGUCAAGCUCUCGGUUGGCGAGGACAACCGGCGCCCGUGCGAGGUCAUCCACUGCCAAUCGGCUCCCCGUGCGGUCUCGCAGGUACCCAGGCAGCAGAGGUUCCGUGACGAGCCCGAUCAUCCUCCACCUCCGCAGCCACCCAUCCAGUUUGUCACGGGCACGAGGAAGCGCAACCGGCACCAGUACCAGGGCUCCAACGUGUUCCGUGCAGACGACGACCAUCCUCCGCCCAAGCGGGCUCGCUGUUUUGGUGAUCGCGCGCUAUGGCGCGCGAUCACCUAA